CCUCCCUACUUCUAGUCUUCACCUAAGCUUUUCUUUUCUCUUUUCACCUCAAAAGCACAGUCUAACUCUUUCUCUUUCUAGCUUCUUUAUUCUCUACUGUAAAAAGCCAUGUCUUCUCUACACAGGAAAAUGCAAGCAUUGGCUGCAAUUUUGAUCCAGCUAUGCUUUUGCAUACAAGUGGAGUCCAACUCCAAUCCUUAUACUUGUGAUGAUAGAAUCACUUGGUUACCGGGUCAACCUCUAGUCGGGUUUCAACAUUAUUCAGGUUAUGUGACCGUGGAUGAGAAGAAACAGAAAGCUCUGUUUUACUACUUCUCUGAAGCUGAAAUAGAUCCUGCUUCUAAGCCUCUUGUUCUCUGGCUCAAUGGAGGUCCUGGUUGCUCUUCUCUGGGAGUUGGGGCUUUUUCUGAAAAUGGGCCUUUUAGACCCAGUGGAGAGGUGCUGGUCAGGAAUGAAUAUAGCUGGAAUAGAGAAGCAAACAUGUUAUAUCUGGAGACUCCAAUUGGAGUUGGCUUCUCUUAUUCAACAGACACCUCCUCCUAUGAAGGUGUCAAUGACAAGAUUACUGCAAGGGACAAUAUGAUGUUCUUGCAAAACUGGUUUGUGAAAUUUCCACAGUACAGAAAUAGAAGUCUGUUCAUCACAGGAGAGAGCUAUGCUGGUCACUAUAUACCCCAACUGGCUCAACUUAUGCUUGAAUUCAACAAGAAGGAGAGAUUGUUCAAUUUGAAAGGAAUUGCUCUGGGAAAUCCAGUUUUGGAGUUUGCUACUGAUUUCAAUUCCAGGGCUGAAUACUUUUGGUCUCAUGGACUGAUAUCUGAUUCCACAUACACUAUGUUCACCUCUUUCUGCAACUAUUCACGAUAUGUCAGUGAAUAUUACAGAGGCUCUGUCUCUGCCAUAUGUUCAAGGGUAAUGAGCCAAGUGAGCAGAGAAACCAGCAGAUUUGUUGACAAAUAUGAUGUCACUCUUGAUGUUUGUGUAUCGUCUGUGCUCUCACAAUCCAAAGUUCUUACUCCCAAGGUGACUACUACCAUUUACUCUUUAUCAUUUAUGAAUUGUGUUUCAUCUUUUAGCACAACUCAACACAUCCAAUUUCUUAAUAAUUGUCUUCUCUACAAUCAUUUUUCUCUGCAGCAAAUGGGUGAAACAGUAGAUGUAUGUGUGGAAGACGAAACUGUUAAUUAUCUUAACAGGAAAGAUGUGCAGCAGGCUCUUCAUGCUCGCCUCGUAGGAGUCCGCCGUUGGGACGUUUGCAGCAACAUCCUAGACUAUGAGUUGCUUGACCUGGAAAUACCAACAAUCACUAUUGUUAGACAGCUUAUCAAGGCUGGAAUCCCAGUUCUGGUGUACAGUGGUGACCAGGAUUCUGUUAUCCCAUUAACCGGAAGUCGAAAAUUAGUGAAUGGACUGGCAAAGGAAUUGAACCUCAGAACCACUGUGCCUUACAGGGUAUGGUUUGAGGGGCAGCAGGUUGGUGGAUGGACCCAAGUUUAUGGCGAUAUCCUAUCAUUUGCCACCAUUAGAGGAGCAUCCCAUGAAGCUCCAUUCUCACAGCCUGAGCGAUCACUAGUGCUUUUCAAGGCAUUCUUAGAUGGCCAGCCUCUUCCAGAAGCCUUCUGAUUUGUUAAUCAGGUCUUUGAUGGGUGUUAUAUAUGGGAUUUAAUUUAAUUGGAUGCAAGCAAAUAAUACAUCUCUAUCCAAGCAAA